GCAGCACAUUGGUUUUUUCCCUGAAAGAUAAUUUGGCUUGGCACCAUCUCAUUUGCGGAUGAGAUGCUUUGGUGUGUCUUUUCCAUUUUCCAUGUCCAAGUGAAAUUCUUUUACUUCUAAGCAAAGAAUAACAGCUUUGAGUCAAGAAGAUACUACUAUUAGUAGCGGCAUCACUGAGUGCUCAGUUCAAGAACUAUCAAAGUUAUAACCAGUCCAUACCCAAUUCCUCCAGUGUUAUACUUCUCCAGAAAUGUUUGCACCAAUAGCAGUGGCCUUGGCAGUGGGUCUUUUGGGGUGGGCUUAUCAGGCAAUAAAACCUCCUCCUCCAAAGAUAUGUGGGUCACCAGGUGGUCCACCUGUUACUUCACCAAGAGUAAAACUCAGUGAUGGGAGGCAUUUGGCUUAUCGAGAAACUGGGGUUGCCAAGGAGGAGGCCAAAUACAAAAUCAUCAUCGUUCAUGGCUUUGACAGCUCCAAAGAUCUCAGUUUACCCAUCCCUCAAGAGCUUAUAGAGGAGCUCAAGAUUUAUAUCUUGUUCUUCGACCGACCAGGUUAUGGCGAGAGUGAUCCAGAUCCAUCACGGUCAGUGAAGAGUGAAGCAAAUGAUAUUCAAGAACUAGCAGACAAGUUGGAGAUUGGAUCUAGGUUCUAUGUAAUUGGUAUAUCAAUGGGGGCAUAUCCUGUUUAUGGUUGCCUAAAAUACAUACCGCAUAGGUUAUCUGGAGCUUCCCUGGUGGUUCCAUUUGUGCACUACUGGUGGCCCUGUCUUCCUGCCAAUUUAGCUAAAGAAGCCUUCAAAAAGCUGCCUGUGCAGUACCAAAUGACAUUUCGGGUUGCUCAUCACUUUCCUUGGUUAAUCAACUGGUGGAUGUCUAAGAAAUGGAGCAUUAUGAAUGGUAAUUUGUCAGUUUUUAGUCCCCGAGAUUUGGAGAUCUUGAAGAAGUUGUCAGAAUCACCUAUAGUCGGUCAGGAAAAGAUUAGACAGCAAGGUGUUUACGAGUGUCUAUAUCAAGACAUAAUAACAGGCUAUGCGAAAUGGGAAUUUGAUCCCAUGGAUCUAAGUAAUCCUUUUCCUGACAAUGAGAGGCCAGUCCACAUCUGGCAAGGUUUUGAGGACAGAAUCAUUCCUAUUGAAAUAAAUCGUUAUAUCUCGGAGAAGGUUCCAUGGAUACAGUAUCAUGAGGUUGCAGAUGCUGGACAUUUGCUUAUGUUCGAGAACAAAAACUGUGAAGCCGUUCUGAAAGCACUUUUGCUCAGCUAGGCCCCUUGUCUUCUGGGUUUAAUGCAUGCUCUUGAACUUAGCUAUAAGAAAAUUGUUCCAUGUUUUGAUGCUAAAUAUUCUUGUUGUAAUGGUCUCAUAGAGAGGAAUUUUCUUGAGGUUCCAGUAUGUAAAUAAAAUGUUCCUAAAUCUGGAUCUUCAUAAGCUAAGAAUUUGUGUUGUGAUGCUUACCUAAAAUAAUAUACUGGAAGCCAUAUGUAGUUUUAUCCGUUUUAUCUUCCUCUUCA